AUGGAGAGAGAUAUGGAGCGUCUGAUUCCGAUGCAUAAUAAAUCAGGAGCUUCUCCUCGCGAGGUCGUUCUCUCUGUUCCACCAUCUCCUCUUGCUUCUCCGAUUCACGUUGCCGGAAGAGAGGCGGUUUAUAAAGUCAUCCGAAGCUGGGCCUCCAAAAAGUUUAUGACUGGAUGUGUCAUUCUUCUUCCAAUAGCUGUCACAUUUUACUUCACAUGGUGGUUCAUUCAUUUCGUUGAUGGUUUCUUCUCCCCAAUCUAUACCCAUCUCGGAAUCAACAUGUUCGGUCUAGGGUUUGUGACAUCCAUUACAUUCAUCUUCCUGGUUGGUGUAUUCAUGUCUUCAUGGCUUGGAGCUUCACUUCUCAGCAUUGGUGAAUGGUUUAUCAAGAAAAUGCCUCUCAUCAGCUACAUCUACUCCGCUUCUAAACAAAUCAGCGGAGCUAUCUCACCUGAACAAAGCUCAGGUGCAUUCAAGGAGGUGGCGAUUAUCAGACACCCUCAUAUGGGAGAAUACGCUUUUGGUUUCAUUACAUCCACUGUGAUUCUUCGAAGCCGUGCUGGAGGAGAGGAGCUUUGCUGUGUCUAUGUCCCCACUAAUCAUCUUUAUCUUGGAGACAUUUUCCUCAUUAGCUCAAAGGACAUCAUAAGACCUAACCUCUCAGUCCGUGAAGGCAUAGAAAUAGUCAUCUCUGGUGGCAUGUCGAUUCCAGAGAUACUAACAACGCAGGACACAGAGACUAUUCACAGGUCACUAGGAGGUACCUUUGCUAUUCCACCAGUGUGA